AGCGACACUGCCCCGCCACCGCUGUCACCGCGGCUGGGCUGGCCGGGGACUGCCCGCGGGGACAGCCCGGGACAGCCAGGGACAGCCAGGGACAGCCAGGGAUACCACCGGGACAGCCCGGGACAGCCAGGGACAGCCAGGGAUACCACCGAGACAGCCAGGGACAGCCAGGGACACCCCCGGGACAGCCCGGGAUACACCGGGACAGCCCGGGACAGCCCGGGACAGCCAGGGACAGCCAGGGACAGCCAGGGACAGACCGGGACAGCCAGGGACAGCCAGGGACAGCCCGGGACAGCCAGGGACAGCCCGCGGGGACAGCCCGGGACAGCCAGGGACAGCCAGGGACAGACCGGGACAGCCAGGGACAGACCGGGACAGCCAGGGACAACCAGGGACAGCCCGAGACAGCCAGGGACAGACCGGGACAGCCAGGGACAACCAGGGACAGCCCGAGACAGCCAGGGACAGACCGGGACAGCCAGGGACAGCCAGGGACAGCCAAGGAUAGCCCGGGACAGCCAGGGACAGCCAGGGACACACCAGGGACACACCGCGACAGCCCGGGACAGCCCGGGGCUGCGGUGGCCAGGUGAGGCUCGGGAAUCGCCUCUGGCACUCGGAGUGCACCGGGAGCUCCUCGGGCUGUGACCUGCGGGAGCUCUGCCUCACUGAGAUCUGUUCUGCGGGCACAGCUGGAAUGUGAACCACAGCACUGCUUCCCUUCUGGAAAGAGAGCGCUGGAGGUAGAAACCUGUCCUGUCUGCACUCACAGGGACCAUGCCUUCAGAUUGCUGGAGCUGGCAGCCUCCUCCUCACUGGGGUUAUGUGUGGGGAAAUUUUCUGGUUCCUGUGCUCUCCUCAGGGAUAAUCCAGGAUCCUCUAGAUAUUAUUGGAAUGUAACUGUAGAGAAAAAUGUUCAUUUCUAACAAUUCCGUUGUGGACUGUUAAUCAGACUUGGAUUUCUGGAAAUACUACAACAUGACUUCAUCUGGGAGUGAGACAGAACGAUGGACUCACAGGCAAGGUGGCAGAGCUGGGAAGCUGGCAGAGCCUGUGGCCUCUCCUGGCAAUGAUCAUCUCUUGUCAGUGAAGUCACUCAGCAGCAUGGACCAUCCCCUGCACCUCCCUGGAAGGGCAGACUCUGCUUACAGCUCUUUCUCAGGAGGAUCAAAUGUCCCAGAGUACCCCCCAGCAUUGUGCCAUGGAUAUUUCUGUGUGCCCCCAGAGCAGGUCCCGUACAUGGACUCAGAAUAUGUAACAGGAAUUUAUAACCUCAGUGACCUCAGAUCCCCCCAGCCGUGCAAGGCACCACACCUGAGCCCCCACAGCUCUCCCAGCACUGCGCUCACAGAUGGCUCUGGAACCACUCCUACCCAAAGGGCUCCACAUCAGGGAGCCCUGGCAGCAGCUCCGCUGUCCCCUCCCACAGGACUGGACAGCUGUGACAUCCCCAGCACACACUUGGGAAGGGCAGGAGAGAGGGGAGGCUGUGCAGGGCACCCUGAGGGCAGUGUGCAGGCAGCUCCUGCUGUGCAGGACAGCCAGGCAGCAGACAGGGACCUGCCAGGGAGCCAGCACCAGGAUACAGCUACAGAGCAAGGGGUAGGGCCUGACAGGGAAAAGAUGCUGGAAAACAAGGGCCCUCCUGAUUUUACAAAUGAGGGAUCAAAAGUUCAGGCCUUAAAGACAGAGGAAAGUGGAGAGCGGAGCCCAUCACAUCAACCUACAAAGAGAAGCAAUCCACACAUUUGCAGGAGACCUUCUUCAUUCAUUUUUCAAGAAUAUUUAAAGACAGACUCUGUGGCGAAUAUCCCCAAAAUACUUUCUGCUUAUGAUUCAGGUCAUGCUAAUAAAAUUCCCAAAGAGAUGAACUCCAAAUCCUAUCACCAAGCACAUUCCAAGCCCAGUGCUGUUAAUGAUCCACAGGAAGGCAAACAGUGUCCCAGGGGUGUGCCUAAGGCAAGUGCCAGAGAAGCAGCUGUGCCAAGCACUGUGCCAGGGCCCUGCCACAGGAAGGAGUCCCUGCCCUGUGCUCAGGGCCCACUCCAUGCUGAGUGGCAUUCAGACAUGGAUCAGGAUGUGUUUGAGGACAGUUCGGAAUUAAAAUAUGUGGAGAAUGAUCUUCUAAAUAAAAAUGUUCCCAGGAAGCUGAACAGUUAUGCAGACAAAAAUCAGCGCUGUGAUUCUGAAGGAAAAAUUACAAGCACCAUUAAGGAACCAGUGCCAAACCAGCAAAACAAAGUGCAGAGAUCACCACUGUCCUGCAGCUGCAGUGCUAUGGAACUGGAGCACCCUCAGUGUGAGCAUCUGGGUCAGGGAAGGAAGCAGUGCUGUGAUGGCACAAGCCAAAUGGCUUUUUUCAGACCAAAGGAAGAUUCCACAUCUCAGUCAUUACAUGAAGCUCAGAAAGAAAACCAGGGUAGCAACAGCAGUCCCGACCUCAGCAGGUGUCUGGAACAGGAGGAAGCUCCUGUUGAGAAACACCAGCCUGUAUUUCAAACACAGCUCUCAAAACAGCUUCAGGAGGACCAUGCUGGUGCACAAAUCACCAGGCAGGCAACUCCCAUGCUUUACUACCUUUCUGCAGGGAAAACCAGCAAUGUCCUGCACAGCAGCAAGGACUCAAGGAGGCCACCAAAGGAAAUUCCAUCAAGCAGCUGUGCUGCCUCAGCACAGUGUCUAGAGACACAAAGAGAAGACCAUCAGCCUCAGAGGAGCAGCCACCACCACCAGCGCAGUGCUGAUGAUCUCCUGCUCCAGAACAAAGAUCUCAUUUUUAGGAGUGCUGCCUCAUUCACAGAAGAGAGUUUCCAGAAUGACUAUAUAGAGAAACUUAAAGUGGCCCAGAAAAAGGUUCUCAAAGAAACCUCCUUUAAAAGAAAAGACUUGCAGAUGAGUUUGCCUGUCAGACUGAGACAGAAAUCCUCUAAAAGGCCAUCAGUUGAACACCUUCGGUCUUUCUCGUUGUCUAGUGCAAGCGAGGAUGCCAAACCUGUUCCUUGCUCCCCUUCUCAUCUAGAAUCCUUGGAAAGUUUCAACAGAAAUGAAGAAAUAAAAAGGCCACAAAAAAGUCAGGCAGGGGGAAGGAAAAAGAUAACCCAAGAGCAAAAGAAACUGUGCUACUCUGAGCCUGAGAAGCUCAAUCACCUAAUGGAGAAGGAAGUAUCAUGGAGUCAAGUUAGGGAUGAAAUCACUGAGCAAGAUGCAGUGGCAUCCAGGAGAAGGGAUCUGGAGAACAGAGGAAGGGCACUUUCCAGUUCAAGUGUGUCCAGGACAGAGCUGAAACAAAUCCAGCACAGUGCACUGAUCAAGUACAUGGAACGAAAGAUCAGCCAAAGGCCAGGUGGUUCACAACACCUCCCCCUGCAUAAGCCACCCCUGCAGAAGAGGCUGUCAAAUCCCAAAGGUCCUCCUGGCCAGAUUUCCAACCCAAAUGGAAGCAGGAAGAUGCAAAAUGAUGAGGUUUUCUGCCAAUUUCUCCCUGAGCAAAAAUCACCAGAUGUUUUUCCUCCUGUGCCUUUUGCCCCCUCACUGAACGUGGCCCGCAGGUGCAAUCCCAACAAAGGGGAUGGAAGCUGCCCCAGCAAGUGUCCAUCAGCUGGGGGUCUCCCACGGGCAGGGGGUUCUGCAUCUGGGAGAGCUCCUGAGAGACCAAAAUCCACUUCCUCUUCCACACAGGACCCGUGCAGAUGCGCUAGCGGUGCGGCAGCGCCGCGCCCGCGCUGCGGGAGCUGCCCCGGCAAAUCCAGUUUCCGUGAUCCUGAGAAAAAUGGAUCCAAGGCUCAUGAACAUAAUGACAUAGCUGGACGUGUGUGUGGUCAGGAUAAAAAGGAGCAGACUCCUGAAAGCUCUGUUCAUGUCCCAAAAGGUGGAAGCAAGGAGAGUGUUGGAGAGGAGGAGCAGCACAGGACUGAGUCUCUGAGUGCUGCACUCGAGCACCCAGAGCAGGAAAUGCAUCCCCACACAGCCCCAGCCCAGCCUCAGCACGGAGACAGAAACCCAGGCAAAGGCUCCCCUGGCCAGGAGAGCUCCGUGCACAGCAGGCACGGGGAUGCUGUCCUGGGCACAGACACACGCCUGCCCGGGAGGAGGCUGCAGGGCUCUCAGGACCAGCGGUGCCAGGAGCUGGCUAUGGAGAUCAUUGCCAAGGACAGCUCUCUGGGGGACGUUCUCAUGCCUCAUCCUCUUAGGAAAACUGCUUUGGACCUGAUGGAGGGUUUGUUUCCUGUUAACAUUUCCAUGCUGGAUAAAUCACGCAGGAAAAGGGGAAAGGUACAGCACGUGCAGGAGAAUGACAGGAAAAGUCAUGGAGAUAGACCAGAAGAAUAUCUGCAAUCUGAACAUGAAACCAAGCAAAGGAGCAAAGAUCUUGCCUCUAGGGGAAACCAAGUCCUGAAGAGGAACAGAGACAGCACAAACGAGCUAGAUGACAUCACAUCUAAGAAAGUAUGUAGAUUGCCAUCACAGGAACCACUCUUUCUCCAUCAUGACAAAGAAAUUCUUAUUAAUGUCAUUAUUACCAUGGAUAUUUUCAUCCCAGUAAAAUUUCACAGUUCCCUUCUGACUGACUGGAAGCUCUCUGAGCCAGAGAAUAUAUCACCAGCUGAGCUGGAACUGAUGGCCAGCCUCCAGUGCAGGCUGCAGGCGCUGUGGGAGGAGCAGGAGCUGCUUCUCCUGGAAGUCAGGGAGUGUGCCAAGUGGGGUGAGGAGCUGCAGGUGCUGCUGCAGGACCUGUGCAAGCCCAACGAGUUUGAGCGGUACCUGAUGUUCAUCGGGGACCUGGAGAAGGUGGUGAGCCUGCUGCUGUGCCUGUCCAGCCGCCUGGCCCGCGUGCAGAACGCCAUCAGCAGGGUGGAUGGCAGCACGGAGCCCGAGGAGAAGCAAUCCCUGGAUGAGCGGCACAAGCUCCUGUCUCGACAGCGGGAAGAUGCCAAGGACCUGAAGGAGAAUCUGGACCGCAGAGAGCGUGUGGUCUCUGGAAUCCUUGCCAAAUACCUGACAGAGGAGCAGCUCCAGGACUAUCAACACUUUGUUCAAGUCAAGACCUCCUUGCUGAUUGAACAGAAGGACCUCGAAGAGCAGAUUAGAUUUUUCGAAGAACAAUUAGAAAAUCUCGAGCAAAGCAUCCCCACCUAACACCCACCACCCACCACCAAGCCAGACAUUUUUAUAUGUUAUAUGUGAUGUUUCCCUGGAAAGCCACAGGCACUCUCAUCACUCUCAUCACUCAGUUUGGUGGAUUCCUCCAAUCCUGUUUGUGCCCCAGCAUUGACAAGUGUUUGGAUGCUCUGGGAUGCUCUAAGCACACUCUGGACAGCGUCUCACAGUGCAUAGCAAACUGCCUUGUGCACAUGACAGAUAGGAGCCAUUGCUCCUAUUAACUGAAUCUGUAUUUCCCCUUCUUCUUGUCUGUCCAUCUGUUUCCAGAUUUACAUCAUCUCAAUAAAAGAACCAGACAAAUA